AUGCAAAUUAAUCGUUACGGACCUACAUUUAUGAUUAUCUUUGGUACAUUUAGUAAUAUACUCAACAUUUGUGUUUUAAGAGAACGUUCUCUAAAAAAGAUUCCAUGUACAAUCUAUCUUUGUUGGUCUUCGAUAUCAGCUAUUGUAUUUAUCUGGUCAGGAUUACUAACACGAACUCUCCAAGGGUAUAAUAUCAAUUGGCCAAAUGAAAAUCAAGCUCCUUGUAAAAUUCGUCUAUAUUUGCUCAAUAUUAGUUGGGCAGUCGCUAUUUGGGCUCUUGUUGGAGCAAAUAUUGAUCGAUUCUUGUGUAGUCAUCAUUCAGUUAUUUACCGUCAAUUGAGCACAGCUCAGUUAGCAGAACGUUUUCUAAUGGGUAUUUUUAUUUUCUUUGCAUUUGUGUUUAUUGAAAUAUUCUAUUGUGUGGAAGCAAAAGUUCCCAAUGUUCCUGUCGCUUGCUAUGGUCGAAAUCUUCCUUGUCGAGUCAUUAAUGAUUGGGUAUAUUUAGCAGUGGAUAUCAUUUUACCAAGCAUUAUCAUAAGUAUCUUUGGUACAUUGACUAUUCGAAAUGCUCGAUUAAGAAUCGUUCGUCCAAUAACGAAUUUAAUUCACCAAAUAGCUACAACAAAAAAUAAUAUAGUAUUAACACGAAGAAAUGAUCGUAAUCUUACUCAUAUGUUAUUUAUUCAGGUAUCAUUUGUUUUCGUUUUGGAUUUACCAUUUGGAAUUUAUCGUUCAUACGCUAGUCUGACGGCUAACUUACCUAAAAGUCAAUAUCGCGUGGCUGUCGAAAAUUUAAUAUAUGCUUUAAUUGUUCUUCUCGUGUAUUUUACCCAUUCAACAUCUUUCUAUAUAUACACACUCACCGGUAAACUCUAUCGUGCAACAUUCGAACGUCUUCGACGUCAUUACUUCAACUUCAAUUCAAUUUGA